AUGGGGAGGAGAACCAACAACCUAUACUCCGAUAUUCUGUGGCAACCGUCACCCCCGAGAGUUGAUUUCCCACCGAUCAUCUCGCCGCCCAACGCAGCGGAAAUCAUCGCCUCGCUACCGCCCAUGGACUUCAAGAACCCAUCGAGCGCCAACGACGCCGACGCCGACGCGCACAACGCAGCCGUCCUCGCGGUCCGCGGCAUCCAGACCACGGCCACGGGCAUAGACCUGUACGUCCUCGCGGGCAGGGCGCUCAACAACAGCCCCAUCGGCAUCACCCCGAAGACGCCCUUCACGCCUUUCUACUUCUUCUUCUACGGCUCGCUGCAGAUCCCCGAGGUGAUCAACUGCGUCUGCGCGCUCCCGGAGGACUCCCUCGUCCUACGCACCGACGCAAGCCUCAAGGGGUGGAAAGUACGGAUGUGGGGCGCCUUCCCGGCCCUCGUGCCCGCGUGCGAAGACGAUGACCCUGUGAAGGGCGUGGCGUGGUUGUGCGAACACCCGGAGCAGGUCGCGAGGUUGUGCGAGUACGAGACUGAUGCGUAUCGCAUGGCGUAUUGCAGUGUCACGCUCCCGAGAGAAGAUGGGGAGGGGGACGAGGUUGUCGAGGAUAUGCGUACCUUUGUUUCUACGCUUGAGCCGGAUCAACUUGCGCCCGGCGAGUUCGAUAGGGAUGCGUAUAUGAAGCGUACAGGUUGGGGUCCUUGA